UAGGCAAAAUUUGAAGGGGGGGGGGCGUGGCCGAGGCUCAGGUUUGUUGCUAUAAAAAGCGACACGAGCGAAACAGAGCUGGAGAUAAGAGCAGCUUCAGCCGUGAAGAAAACCUCAUUCUUCGGAGAAUCUCUAAGCUUACAUGGAAACAAAGCAUUCAAACAUGAAGUUUCAAAUCCUGUUUUUUCUCCUGCUGCUGGCUUGCGUGCAUCACAGUGUGGCACAAGGUUCCUAUGAAAACUGCUGUUUGAAGUAUGCGCAUGUCAAGAGGAACCUCAACAAAUUUAUCGUGAGUUUCAGAGAGCAGAAAACCGACGGAGGAUGUAACAUUCCUGCUGUUGUCUUGAAGCUGAGGAAUUCAAGGGAGAUCUGUGUUGAUCCGAGAGUAAAAUGGGUUAAUCAAUUGAUACAGAAAAGGAGUGAGGACAACACUUCCAAAAUGUAGUGUUUCAGAGGCAGCUUUGACCACGCCACCACAGACCAAACUGUAUUAUGUUUAUAACACACUAAUGUAACAGUAUGUAGUUUCUACCACUAUCAAUCCUGCUGAUUCAUAUUUUCUACACCUAUGAAUUGUUAUCUUCAUGCAGAGGUUCAUAAUGAACUGUAUAUGGUCUGCUUCUGUUCAUUGUAUUAGAACAAUAUGAAUGUACGAACUGUGAAUGUUUGUUCUCUUUUUCUCCAAGCUUCAUUAUGCAUCUUUUUACACUUUAUGUAUAUAUAUAUAUUUUUUGUAUGUUUUAGUCAAAUAUAACCUGUGAACCGCAUUGCCUACAUGUAAGUGUGUGUGUGUGUGUGUGUGUGUGUGUGUGUGUCUGUGUGAUUCAGUGUGUAUAAGAGGCAGUAUACAUUUAAAGCAUUUUUUAUAAUAAAGAGUUGGAGUUGUGCAUUUAAAU